GAAAAUUUUCGCCCAAUCGGGAACUGUUGGGAAGAAGACCUGCUAGCACUUCGUUAUUGAAAUUAAGAUUUGCGUAAAGGAAGAUAGAUGUUUACUGACUAGUUGUUUCACUAACGAUUCAACAAAACGCAAUAUUUGGUUUCAAGCAACGGAGAAGGGCUUUUCUUCAAUCGAUUUAUCUUUGGUUUUCGUUAAUGGAAGACAACUCUUUGCUGUUCUGGCCUUGCCCAAAAACAAACUGGUACUCCAGUUAGCAGAUCCUGGCCUAUAUCUUUACAAAAGUUACAGUUUAGCUGAUCGAGCUCUUAGUGGACGUGCAUGUCAGUAAAACAUGGAGGGAAGUCGGAAAGUGGGUCAGGAUGAAAUUAUUUCAAGCACUAAAAGUGUAUUACGGGGAUUGGAAACACUGAAGAAUGAGCAUUCGAGUUUGUUGUCAAAGAUGCAACAGACGCAAAUUUCUGUCAGUGAGACUGAGAAAGAAGCCAGCGAACAGAAAAGAGACAUGAUAAAGAAGUCACUAGAGAAGAUCGAGUUAGGUCUUGGUGAAGCCCAGGUCAUGAUGGCACUGUGCGGUCACUUGAGUCAUGUCGAGGCUGAAAAGCAAAAGCUAAGAGCUCAAGUUAGGCGGUUAUGUCAAGAGAAUGCUUGGUUAAGGGAAGAACUGUCAUCAACACAACAAAAACUCCAGGGGAGUGAGCAAAAUGUAGCUCGUUUAGAGGAGGAAAAGCAACACCUGGAAUUCAUGAAUUCAUUGAAAAAGUAUGAUGACAAGACUAUGGAUGAAGGAAUUGACAGUGAUUUUCAAGAUGAUGUUCAGGAUGAAGAUUCAGAUAGGGAGACUGACGAGGAUGCCUUAAGUCAGACGUCAUCUGUGACUAGCUCUGUUAAUAAUGCAGGUGUUUAUGAAAUCCCUGCCAGAUUGAAGACUCUGCAUAAUUUGGUCAUUCAGUAUGCCUCACAGGGUCGUUAUGAAGUUGCUGUACCUUUGUGUAAGCAAGCAUUAGAAGAUCUAGAAAAAAGUUCUGGACAUGACCAUCCUGAUGUAGCAACAAUGCUGAAUAUAUUGGCCUUGGUUUAUAGGUCUUUCCAUUUACACCUGACUCUAUGGCAGGAAAGAGAUCAGUCAAAAUAUAAAGAGGCUGCGAAUCUACUAAAUGAUGCAUUAGCAAUCAGAGAGAAAACUCUUGGUCCAGACCAUCCAGCGGUUGCUGCAACACUGAACAACCUUGCUGUUUUGUAUGGAAAGCGUGGCAAGUACAAGGAGGCAGAACCUUUGUGCAAACGUGCAUUGGAAAUAAGAGAAAAGGUUCUUGGAAGAAACCACCCAGAUGUUGCCAAGCAACUAAACAACCUUGCUUUGUUAUGCCAAAACCAGGGCAAAUAUGAUGAGGUGGAGAUGUAUUAUCAGCGAGCAUUGGAAAUAUAUGAAGCACAACUUGGUCCAGAUGAUCCGAAUGUGGCAAAAACAAAGAACAACCUUGCAUCUGCUUAUUUGAAGCAAGGGAAAUAUAAAGCUGCAGAGCAGUUGUAUAAAGAGGUGCUGACCAGAGCUCAUGAAAGAGAAUUUGGCAAAGAUGAUGAGAACAAGCGUGGAAAAGAUAAUGCACCUUAUGGCGAGUAUGGAGGAUGGCAUAAAGCAGCUAAAGUUGACAGCCCAACAGUGACAACAACUUUAAGGAAUCUUAGUGCACUGUACAGGAGGCAAGGAAAGUUUGAGGCUGCAGAGACACUUGAAGAAUGCGCAAAUCGAUCACGAAAAAAUGCAGGGCCUUUAGAUACAGCACAGCAAUCACAGCUGGCUGCCAUUCUUGGAUCAGAUUUCCCAAACAACAGUGCACCAUCGUUGUCUGGAGUUUCAGUCAGUAGCUCAAGUUCAAGCGGUAUUGGAACCUCCAGAGCAUCUUCAUCUUCAAGUAAACAUGAGGACGACCAUCAGAAAGAUGAUGAGGAUAAGAAAGGAAAGAAGGACAAGACUACGUUAUCCAGGUUGAAAAGAACUUUCAGCAACCGAGGCCAAAAACUAAUGGAGAAAAUUGGUGGCGGUAGACUUCAGAGAUCUACUUCCCGUGAGAACCUUGUUGCCCAAUCUAAACUGCAGCCAUCAGAGAGGAUUUCCCGGAGCACCCCAAUGCUUGCACAGCUUGUACCACCAGAUAAGGGUUCCUCAAAGACUCGUGGUCCAAAAACCACAAAAGAUAACUCCGAGUUUGAUAUGCUAUGAUCAGUCUUAAAGCAGAUGGAGCAAACUCUGGGCUGAUAUAUAUGGUUAACAGACACAUUGAUAACAUCAUUGUGAAGAGAUAGUUUCAAGUUAUUAAAAGAUAAGAACAUAAUUUAAAGUAGAUUUCUCGACAGUGACACUUCAUUCAAGAGAGGGUAAUAGUCAUUGAUUUUCUGAAAACACAUCAUCUUUUAAUAUAUUGACACAUUUACAAAUAAUUAUUAGAUUUUAUCAUAUCCCAUCCCAACUAUCAAAAAUAACAACUUUGACCAUUCUGACCUUUCAGAUUCAACAGGCUUUGUCUGUAUAUAUUUAUAUGUUCUUGCCUCAUCUAGAUACAGAUGAAUUACUAGCAUGAAACCUCCAUUUUUUUAAAAUUUUCAUUAAAACACAAAUUGACUUAUUACCUCUCAAAACAAACUUCAAAACAGAUGCAAAUUUAGCCUUUGGUGUUGUUUUUUCUCAUCUUAUACCACCAAAACUCAUCAAUACAUUGUGCAGUGUCAAACAAAAAAAGUUCUGUAGGGUUGCUAAUAUAUAUUAGAAUAAAAGAAACAAGAUAAUAAACAUUUAUUUGUCUGUCAUAUUGUAUUUAGUAGGGUGAUAAUAGUUAUAAAUACAAAAUAGAGACA